AUGAGUGAGCCAAGUAAACCAGAAGAAACAAUAUCAAUACCAUUAUUAUCAGAGAAUGAAAUUAAAAUUCAAGUUAGAAAUAUUCCGCAUGAAGGACAACAUCAACUCAAAGUUGACAACUCACUUACUUUCCAAGAUCUUAAUAAUAUACCGGUUCGUGUUACUAGCAAUGAUCUUAGGAAUGUACCAUCUCAUGUUAUCAAUUAUGUUGACGACUUUAUGGUUAACUACUCUUUAAUCGGUGUCUCUGAUAAUAAACAUAUUAUUUUAGGAUGGCAAAGACAUUGUUAUGUUGAUGAUGCGUUGAGUAAUCAUGAUACAUCAGAAAAAUACCUAUAUCCUAAUGUUAUUAUCUCUGAUUUUAUUGUGGGUGUUUGGGAUAAUAGAGUAUGGAUUCAAACUUUGGUUAAAGAUGCUAAAGAAUGGAUUGGUUAUUUACGUAAAGAACUCAAUGACUAUAAUAGAAUUAGUGUACAUUUUUGUGCUAAAGAAAUAGAAUUAACGAUAAAAACCACUUUGGAAAGGGCAAAAACCUGCUUGGAUGAUGAUUUAACCAGAGUCAUUGAAAAAAAAAGUUAUUAUAAUGGGUAUUUAUUUACUUGGAUUGUUGAGGAAACUGAUGAAAAUACUUUUCUAACAGCCUGGAAGUUUGAUCAUGAAGCUUUAGCGUGGAACAAAGUUGGAAAUAAGAUACAAACUUUUCUAUCUGAACUUAAAUUGCUUGCUAGCGAAGAUAUAAUGACAAUUUCUCAAAAAGGUAUAUAUAUUUGGACUGCAGAUAUUGGAAAUGAAAUCAAGUUACUUUUUUAUUGGGGCUCUAUUCGACUCGUUAAACCUAAAACUCAUUAUGAAUUAAUUUAUGAUCAGCUAGAUUUUCUUAACAAAAGAUUGGUAUUUUCUAAAAAUUCAUUACCUCCUCCAAGUUUUAGUCAAUUAAUUUCUCAUCCGUCGUUUGAUUGUUAUAUGGAUACAAAUACUAGAACAUGGGAUACAAUAAUUCUGGAUAGUAAAGCUUUCAUUCAACUAUUAUAG